CAAAAUUGUAAACUCAUAAGCUCACCGAGCCAAUCAUUCUCAAGCUCAAACUCAAUUUGAGAGCAAAACUCAUGGUUUGAGCUCAGCCCGGCAUUAGUCAAGUCGAGGUUGGGUUUGACAUGAGCCAAGCCCAAGCUGCUGCAGCUUGGCUCACUUUAUACCCUGCCUAGGACCCUGCUUCAGCAGGACCAGAGAUGGGUUUGACCCGUGGGAUGAUGCUUUCAUUGUAAUUUAUUGAUGAUAACUGCCGUGUAAAUUACUACCUUCUUGAUAUUUUACUAUCGCACAAAUUCCAGCCUAAAUUAUUCGUCGAUGGAAUCGUGUCACAUGAAGCAUUAUUUUAUAAAUUUUUCAUCAAUGGACCACUCUUUUAAUUAUUUUUGCCAUGGACAUGGCCAACUCAGACUGCAUGUACCAAACUACCAGAAUUGCUUCCAAGUGAUAAAAUAAGCAACGGUAACGUCAGAAUCAUAUGAUUAUUUGCUUUCUGGGUUGCCAAUCGUGGAGAAGUUGCUUGCUCGAGGUGGCAUUUGCUUUACUUUCAACCUUGUAUUUGCCCCUCAAAUAAAAAUUGUUGAAGCAUGAAGAUAAAGGAAUAUAGAAAAGGGUCCACUACACGAUUGUCUAUAGCUUAUAGUAUAACUCGUGCUUUAUUAAUUAUCCUUCUUCUCAUUGUCGAUUCUUAGAGACAAGCCAAGGAAGCAUACUUUAAGAUUACCUAAUCCAUGAUGUUGAAUACAGAUUCCAGAAUAUGCCUAUGUUGCUUGUAUUGUUGUCAACUUUUAAGGCACUUAAAAUAGUGGAAAUUGAGACUUACACUACAUGAUCAGGUCUUGUCAUUCUGUUUGGUGUGAUGUUUGUUAUAUAAUGUCAAUUAUCGGAGAAACAGGGCCAAGUAAGUUAAUCAUUUUGAAGGCAUGAUGAGAUUGUCAUCGUUUGAAUUUAUCUUGUUUGUGGUUCUAAUUCUCUCUUCAGCUCCUGCGACCUGGGGAUGGAGCAAGGAGGGUCAUAUUAUGACAUGUCGAAUUGCCCAAAGUCUUCUGGAGUCUGAGGCAGCUCAUUCUGUGAAAAAUUUGUUACCUGACUAUGUCGAUGGCGACUUAUCAGCACUCUGCGUGUGGCCUGACCAAAUCCGACAUUGGUAUAAAUAUCGUUGGACAAGCUCGCUUCACUUCAUCGACACACCUGAUGAGGCUUGCACCUUUGAGUAUUCAAGGGACUGUCAUGAUUCUCAUGGAGUGAAGGACAUGUGUAUUGUUGGUGCCAUCCAAAAUUUCACCUCUCAGCUUCUGCACUACAGAGAAGGAACCUCUGAUCGCAGACAUAAUAUGACAGAGGCCUUGCUGUUCUUAUCCCACUUCAUGGGAGAUGUCCAUCAGCCAAUGCAUGUGGGGUUUACGAGUGAUGAAGGAGGUAACACCAUAGACUUACGCUGGUUCACCCACAAAUCUAAUCUACACCAUGUAUGGGACAGGGAUAUCAUUCUUACAGCUCUAAAGGAUUACUAUGACAAGGACAUGGAGCUCCUUCUUAAUGACAUUGUCUCUAACUUCACUGAUGGAAUCUGGUAUGACGAUGUCUCAUCAUGGAAAGACUGCAACAAUCUCCAUAGCUGUUCAAACAAGUAUGCAACUGAGAGUAUAAACAUCGCCUGCAAAUGGGGUUACAAAGGUGUCAAGGCUGGUGAAACUCUUGCAGAUGACUACUUCAAUUCAAGGAUGCCGAUUGUGAUGAAACGUAUAGCUCAGGGUGGAGUUCGAUUGGCCAUGAUCUUGAACCGAAUUUUUGGCGAGUCUGAUGAGGGAUCUGCAGCAGCAACUUGAAAAUUUGCCUUUCCACCAUACCCCUCCUCCCCCACCAACACAUACACACAGACCAUAAAAUUUGACACAUUCUUAGCUUAAGCUGAUCAUUUAUAUUCAAACCCGCUUACAGAAAUCUGUAUUGUUUAUGUUAUGAUCGAAUAAAGCUCUUUGUUUUUGUUUUUGAUGA